GUGCCACGAUGCGCAUUCGUAUAUAUCACUGCAAAAUGCAAAUUGGAACUGAAGCAAUUACUAUUGAACAACCAAAAUGGCCGCAACACAAACACAAACACAAACUGAACUAAUUCCUCAUGUCUCACUUGGAACCCAAGGCUUUCAGGUUUCAAAGUUCGGUUUAGGGUGUAUGGCCCUCAGUGGAGGAUACAAUGAUCCUCUUCCUGAAGAAAUUGGCAUUUCCGUAAUUAAUCAUGCAUUCAGUAAAGGCAUCACUUUUUUUGACACCGCUGAUGUUUAUGGACUCGAUGGUGGGAAUGAAAUUUUGGUUGGAAAGGCUUUAAAGCAACUGCCCAGAGAAAAGAUCCAGGUGGCUACAAAAUUUGGUAUAUCCAGAAGUGGCGGUGGUAUGGGCAUCAAAGGUUCACCGGAGUAUGUGCGUUCAAGCUGCGAAGCUAGCUUGAAACGUCUCAAUGUUGAAUACAUUGAUCUCUAUUAUCAGCACAGAGUCGAUACAACCGUGCCUAUUGAGGAUACAGUAGGUGAACUUAAGAAACUGGUGGAAGAGGGAAAAGUUAAAUAUAUUGGACUAUCUGAAGCCAGCCCCGAUACAAUAAGGAGAGCACAUGCUGUUCAUCCUAUCACAGCUUUACAAAUAGAGUGGUCUCUCUGGACUCGCGACAUUGAGAACGAGAUAGUUCCUCUCUGCAGAGAGCUUGGUAUUGGAAUUGUACCAUAUAGUCCACUUGGUAAAGGUUUUUUUGCUGGCAAAGGAGUUAUCGAAGAUGUGCCGAGCUUCAUGACUUCUUUUCCCCGCUUCCAAGCUGAGAACUUGGUCAAGAACAAGGUUAUAUAUGAUAGGAUUGAAAGUCUUAGCAAGAGGCAUGGAUGCACUACUGCUCAAUUAGCAUUAGCAUGGGUACUCCAACAAGGCAAGGAUGUUGUGCCUAUUCCUGGAACAACCAAGAUUGAGAAUCUGGAUCAAAACCUUGGUGCAUUAGCAGUGAAACUAUCAGAAGAGGACAUGCGGGAAAUUUCUGCUGCAGUUCCUGAAGAUGAUAUAGCAGGUAGUAGAUACUACAAUGGAAUGGAUAGUUUAUCCUGGAAGUUUGCUAACACACCUCCAAAAGUUUCAACGGUCUCAACAUGAAGUAAAAUCUCUUUUAGUUGGAGAAUGCACUCGAUCAUGAAUAAGGCGCAAACACAGCGAUCAUUUCUAUAUUUGUAGUUGCCUCAAUUAUGACAUGCUUGAUGAGAAAAUCAAGACUGAGCUUUUGCAUUUGUUCUGCUGUUUUCAUUCCAUAAAUAAUAAUAAGGGAUUUGAAUCAAAUUCUCAUAGGAUUCCAUGUUAGAUGAAUGUGAAUGAAAUGGUUUUUUUGAGGCAA